UUCCCCCGCGCCCGCUGCCUGGCAACGCUACCGCGCGUCCCGUCCGGCCCGCAUGGCACAGCCGCAGCCCGCCGAGAGCCCCGCGCCCCGCACCGGCACGUGGGUGAGCGCCACGCUGCCCCGCCGCUUCCUGCAGCUCCCCUGCUUCCGCGGCUACGGGCAGCCGGAGCCGCACCCGCUGUACCGGACGAGCAACCAGGAGUACGGCCGCAGAGCGCCCACGGCGUACGAAGUGCCGAUCUCCUACCACGUCACCUCGCACGCCUUCUCAGACGCUCUGGCCCAGCGUGGCAUGUACAGGAACGACGGGCUCAACACCUCGCUGGAGAAGAGCCGUGUCACCGGCCCCGCCAACUUCAUCACCCCCUACGACACCCUCAACUUUCACCCCAGCUACAAAGUCGGUGGGCCCUCGCACUGUUAGAGCAAUGAAACCACUUCAGUUCAUCGCUGGCUGCUUAGUUCGAAAAAUAACUCCCUCCUCCCCUAAAAAGUCAGGCAAACGACAGCACCGACCCUACCCCAAACCUGCUGCUCAGCCCCACUGUGAAGCACCACGCACUUCAGGUGCAGUUACAGCCCUGCCUGCUGCCACCAGGCUGCAGGUGACCUUUCCUGAAAGCAGUGGGUUGUCACAGGCUGUGAGCAGGGAAUUCAGUGUGUAGGCAACCUGUAGCCUUGAGGGUGUCCUGAACUUACAGAACCGUUUCCGAGCUGUUGUCUUAAUAAAGAAACGCAUGCAGGAAUCCGCAGCACUGAAGUGAUCCUGAAAAUUAUUUCUGAGAGGAAGGAAAUGGCACAGAUUGUCAAAAAGAGCUCACAUGGCACAACGAAUAGCAGCAGGAUAACACAAGUUCAUGCAGUUAAACAGUUAAGUUGGAAUUUAAUGAAAACUCCUCCUGAACACACUAAAGAAUCUUUCAGCUUGCUACACAGUGUGACAAAAUAGCUACGUUGACAGGUUAAAGGUAGCAAUACAUUUCUAGAAACACCCCCCCAGCUUCAAACUCUAGGAUGUAUUUUUUUAACAGGACUCCCAACCAGUCGAGGCCUCAUUUGGCUUUGGAGGAAGAACAGAUUGCUCUGUUUAGUUAAAAUCACUGAACAUCCAACGUCCAAAACUGAACAGCGUGCCAUCAGGGCUGCGUUUUGUGGUGAGUUUUUGUUUUAAAACAUUUUAAACACUCAAAGCCCAGUGUAUGCUCCUGGGCCAGACACAACUUCGAGAAAGCCUAACAAACACUUCAAGCCCUGCACUGCAAUUCAUUUCGUUAUCCCAAAGGCAAAAACAGCCAGCUGAGUUCAUCCCUCCAAAAACACACCAACACAUGUGAGCAAGUAAAUACUGGGCACAGAAAUGAGCCUGGGAAGUUAACCUUUUAAAUAUUCAACGCAUUAAAAUAGAUAAGCAACCUCCUCUCACUCGCUGCUGUUCCUCCGUUGGACUCUAGAUAAUGCUUUGAGUUUCUCUUCUCUUUCUUCUCCUGAAAUGAGAAGUAACAUUAAGGGCAGAAUUAAUGCAAACACUUGUGG